AUGUUAUGGUCUCUGAAACUCUCUCUGCUCAACAUCCACGUUCACCUGACAGCCAAGAGUUUACUCCAGAACCUGCAGCUGCUGUCAGGAUACAGGAAGAACACCGGGGUGUUCUACACAGUGGACAAGAACAGACCGAGGGUGACACCACGGUGCCAGCCGCAGCCUCAGCAGCAGCCACCAGUGCCACCAGACCUGAUGCCCACAGAGUGCAGUGCGAGGGGCACGGAGAGUUACCAGGCACAGUGUGAGAGGAUGAACCAGAGCCUCCAGCAGCUCCAGGGACUCCUGGCUGCAAGUAACUGCAAAUUUCAGGCCAUUGUGGUGGUCCUGCAGCAAACCCUGGUAAAGCGUGAUGAGGCCAUGAAGCAGCGCAGGGACCUGUCCCAGGAACUGAUGACCCUACGGGGAGAGCUGGUGUGCUCGUCCCAGUCGUGUGACCGGUUGGAGCGGGAGAAGGCUGAGGUGCGUGGAGCGUUGGAGGGUGUGCUCCAGAUGAUGCAGGAGCAGCACCAAACUGAGCUGUCCCAGCUGGAGGAGAGGCUCAGAGUGUUCUACCAGGCCGAGUGGGACAAGGUCCACCUCACCUACCAGGAGGAGGCCGACAAGUGCAAGGCCCUAAUGGUGCAGCAGAUAGGGGAGUUAAGAGCCAGCCAUGAGGCUUUGAAGCUAGAGCUGGAGACCAGCCACUCUGAACAGAUCCGGUGUAUUAAACAGAAGUCUGAAGACUCUAUGGAAGAGCACAGGAAAGCUCAUGAGCAGGAGCUGCAGACAUUGGACAAAACACUGGAGGCCGAAGCCACUUUAUCUGGCCAGAUUCAAGAGCUCACAGAGGAAAACACAACCCUGAACCAAAGGCUAAAAGCAGAGGAGGACCGGAGGAGGGAGCUGGCUGAGAGAAAUCAGAAAGACUCCCUGUAUCUGGAACAGGAGCUGGAGAGCCUCAAAGUAGUGUUGGACAUCAAGAACAAACAGCUGCACCAACAGGACCACAAACUCAUGCAGAUGGACAAACUGAUAGAGAAAAGCGUUAAGCUAGACGAAUGUCUUAUAAAGGUCCAACAGGAGAAUGAGGACCUGAAAGCCCGCAUGGACAGACAUGCUGCUUUGUCGAGACAACUGUCCACAGAGCAGGUGAUGCUGCAGGAGUCUCUCCACAAGGAAUCCAAGGUAAACAAGCGGCUGUCUAUGGAGAACGAGGAGCUCAUGUGGAAGCUGCACAACGGGGACCUGAACAGCCCCCGCAAGAUGUCCCCCACCUCCCCCUCGCACCACUCCCUCAGCCUCCAAUCACCUCGCAGCUCUGCUGUCUUCACCAGCCCCAUCCAAUCACCUCGCAACUCUGCAGUCUUCUCCAGUCCUCCCGUCUCACCCAGAUAACAGCGGCCCACUGCUUCCAGGAAGCAGGCUCUCUCUCGCUCUCCUCUGAUUGGACAUAGUCCAGGAAGCAGCCUCUCUCUCUCCUUUCUGAUUGGACCGAGUCCAAUCUUCAUACUGAAGAGCUUUAUUAGCUGACAGGGAUCACCGGCAUGGUACCCAGAGUUGACUAUGGUAGUAUUCCUUAAUGGAUCUACUUUCUGUUGACACUUACUGCAGAUCAAUGACUCUAUGAAAAAAGACUAUGUUGCACUGAAGCGCCACCCGUUGUUUUCUCUUUGCCUUUCUUGUCUGAUAUUAUAGGUGGAAAAAAGGAAAUCUCAGGACCUGUAUAUAAUGAGACACUUCUUUCUCAGUGGUUGACACACACACACACACACACACACACACACACACACACACACACACACACACACACACACACACACACACACACACACACACACACACACACACACCAGUGCCAUUGGAAAGAUGUUUGGGGGUUGGGGGUGCUGCGAUUAUUUUCGUAGACGGGGGGGCAGAUAUAUUUUUUUGCGCUAUAGAUGGCUAUAUCGGUCCGCUAAUACAGGACUAGUAAAGGCCCAGUGCACUACUUUUGUGAAGAUUUAAAAA